AUGGCAUCUUACACCGCAGACGAAUCGCUCAAGCAUGGAGCCCACCAGAUCGAGGAAGUGUUCGGCGCCCACGCCAUCGUUGAUGCCAAACACGCCUCCGAUGCCGAGCACAAUACACCGCUUAUGGAGGUCAUCAAGAAGAACCGGAAAGCAAUUGCUUGGUCCAUGAUCAUGUCGAUGACUGUUGUCAUGGAAGGCUACGAUACCAUCUUGAUGUCGAGUUUCUUCGCCUACCCAUCUUUCGCUAAGAAGUUUGGCGAAUACAAUGCGGCUACGAGCGACUAUCAACUUACUGGUGCUUGGCAGACUGCUCUCAAUAAUGUCGGUAUUGUCCCUGGUAUUUUCUUGAACGGAUGGCUCGCUGCCAAGUACGGUUACCGCAAGGUUAUCAUUGUUGCCCUCUUCUUCCUCAACGCCUUCAUCUUCAUUACCUUCUUCGCGCCGAACAAGCCAGUCCUUGUCGUUGGUCAGAUCCUGUGUGGUUUCAGUUGGGGUGUCUUUGCAACAAUUGGUCCAGCUUAUGCUUCUGAGAUUGUUCCCUUGCAACUCAGAGGUUACCUGACAUCUUACGUCAAUCUAUGCUGUAAGAAGUCUAUUGCCCUCUCUAGUAACAUCACUGACAUGCUUCAGNGGGCCAUUGGACAGUUCAUCGCCGCUGGUGUCCUUAAAGGUCUUGUCGCCAGAACUGACCAAUGGUCAUACCGCAUCCCUUUCGCCGUCCAAUGGGCAUGGCCUGUCCCUCUCAUGGUCGCCUGUUUCUUCGCUCCAGAGUCGCCGUGGUACAUGGUUCGCAACAACCGACUCGCAGACGCCGAACAUAUCCUCAAGCGUGUCUCAACCAACACCAGCGAAGACGAAAUCAAGGGGACACUAGCAAUGAUGGUUCACACCACCGAGAUCGAAACUCAACUGGACAACGAAGCAUCGCAGUCAUCUUACUUGCAAUGCUUCAAGGGUACCGACCGCCGCCGAACCGAAAUUUGCUGCAUGACAUUUAUGGGCCAACUUUUCUCAGCGGUAGCCUUUNGCGGCACCAUCGCAUCCUGGUUCAUCCUCGCCCGCGUCGGCAGAAGAAAGAUCUACACGACCGGCAUGGGCGUCCUCUGUGCUCUCCUCUUCAUCAUCGGCAUCGUUUCCGCAGCCAGCAAAUCCGACGACGUGAAGUGGGUAGCUGGUGCUUUGACUGUGGUAUGGCUAUUCACUUACUCGCUCACUGUGGGGCCUGUGGCAUACACUAUCGUCAGUGAAACCUCUGCUAUCCGUGUUCGUGCCAAAACUGUUUGUUUGGCGAGAAACGCGUAUGCGUUGAUGAAUAUUGUGUGUUCGACUGUGAGUGUUGCUUCUCUAUUGGCUCCUUCGCCACCAACUGACCUUUCUCACAGCNUCGAGUCUUACUUCAUGAACCCUACCGAGUGGAACCUCAAAGGCAAAACCGCAUUCUUCUGGUUCGCAACCUCGUUCCUCACGUUUGUGUGGGCAUACUUCCGAUUGCCCGAGGCCAAGGACCGCACUUAUGAAGAGAUGGAUCUGCUAUUCACAAAGGGCGUUUCUGCAAGAGAGUUUGCCAAGUACAAGAUUGAUGCUUAUGCGGGUGCUGCUGUGGAAAGCAAGGAACAAAUCCUCCAUGAGGAGAAGGUUGCCGGUAAUGUGAAGUAG